AGGCGGCGACCGCACGCAGGAGGUGGAGCUCGCCGUGGGGGCAGGCGAGAGCGAGCGGCUGCACGCUGGGGGGAGGCGGAGCUCGACGCAGCGCGCGAACCUAGCCUUGGUGCGACGGCGGCCCGGCUGCUGUCCUCCCGUCCAACCCGCAGCACGUCGAGCCUCACCGGAGAUCCUCCAUGACGCCGCUGCCACUGCCCUCCAUGGAGCCCCGACGCCUCCGCCAUGAACCCAUCCAUCCCUCCUGUGCACGCUUCCCUGCAACUCCAGACGCUGCCCCCAGCUCUCUGCAUCGAGCAGCAGCAGUUCGGGCAGAGGACGACGCCUCUGCCUCGACUGCUCGCCCCCUCUGCUUCGCGCUUGACUGCCAAGCCCCUCCCGUCCUCAUCCCCGUGCAGCGAGACCACAAUGGCCAUGGCUGAUGGCCUUCAGGGCGUCGCCGCGGAGCUUCUCCUGUCGCCUCCUGUUAUCGCUCGCCUCCGCUCGUCGGAGCCCCAAGCACCGCCGCUGUGGAGUGUCGCCCUCCCCGGCGACGCUCGAUUCGGUGACCCCGGAGCUCUCCUCGCCGCCGGCCCCGCGGCACUGGUCGCCGUCGCGGCUGUCUUCCUCCUCCCUGGCCCCGCCUCCCGCCUCCCGUGUACGCAAGCUCCUCCCACUCUCUCCCCCUCGCAUCAGCAGUCGCCCCCUUCGCCUUAUCCAUCAUUGAGCGGCGCGGUGGAAAAUAAGACAGCGUGGACGAAUCGUUUUUCACUUAUCCAUGGACUGCGGGUCAAAUACUAA